AUAUACCAUUAGUAGCACACCCACUCCCGCACGUUGGAGUCCUCUCCAGUCAGUUAUGACUCACACGAGUCACGAGUCACAACUCACAACAAACUCCUUCCCCUCUCGUCUGUAAGAAAAACUUUCGACGACUCAAUUUUGUUCUAGGGUUUCUUUCCCUGAAAACACAACGACACCACCCUCUCAAAUAAAACGGCUCAGAUUUUUACAAAAUUAGGGUUUCAUGUUCUUCUUCAUUUGUGAAAUCUUACUCGCUUUCAUGUCUUGUAAAUGGAGAUUACUGCCUUCGAUUUCACUCUCUCUCAAUCUUUCCUCAUAGCCUCAUCUCUUACUCUCCUCUCUCUCUCACUCGCUUUCCUCACUCUCCGAUCAAAAUCACCCAAGCCGGAUCUUACCGUCCAUUCCUCCACGUCAGCAGCAUCAACAACCAAAACGAUAACCUGCAGGUGUUGCUGCUCCUGUAACGGUGAAAUUGGAAGUUUUAAUAGUGCGGAUUCUUUUACGGCGGCGGAGAAGUACUUGAACGGCGGCGGUGCGGCGGCGGAGAUGGUGGUGGAAAAGCAGACCGGAGCGUCGAUGAUGGAGCAGCUAGUUCCGGAGAUUACGACACACGCGCUUAGUUAUUUGGAUUAUCCGAGUUUGUGUAGGUUGUCGAUGACUAAUUCACUAAUGCGGAAAGCUGCUAAUGAUGAUAACGCGUGGAAGGCGCUUUAUCAUAAGGAUUUUACACUGGAGCAAGAUAGUGUGACACCUGCUAAUGGGUGGAAGGCGUACUAUGCGGCUACAAGAUCCAUUGUCAAUGUCAAUACAGAAUUCUUUAACAUCAUUAGAGAAAGGUCUGUUCAAGCAAUGAGUCAAUUAUGGCUUAACUCGGAUUAUGUGAAGUGCACCCAUGCAUCUGGGGAAAAUUUUUCAGGGUAUAACGCUGUAAUACAGAGUUGGCAGUUUGCAUUUAAUUGGGAGCAAGGAUUGGACUUCCAGGUUCGUGAUGUAAGGGCUCGUGUACUGACUGACAUGGCUUGGGUUACCAUGAAAAUGUAUGUUGUUGAGAUGGACAAUGGGCCAUUCAACGUAACUAAUGUCUUUGAGUUCCACAAUGGACGGUGGCACCUGGUGCAUCACCACUGUUCGGUGAUGCUCCUCGAUGGGGAGGUGGACCAGCCGAUUAUGCAUGCAUAAAUGAAGAGAAAGAAGAAUGAGACCAAGUGAUAACUAAAAUACUAGUUGCAAAAUAGCGGUAUUUAUUAGCAAGAGCAACUUUCUUUAUGAAUUCACUUUCAGUUUUCCAACCUCAGUUUUGGUUGCUUUGUGGUAAAGAGGUCAUUUUUUUCCCCUCCAUCCUGUUAUUCUCUCGGUUUCUAGUUCUGUAAUUAUUUUGCUCAAUUCAUUCAUAGACGCGGAUAAACAUAUACAUACAUCGGCUGGAAAGUGCGUAUUGUACAGUAUACCCAUUGGAGAAAGUAAUUGAAGGACAAAAUGGGAAAUGAGCCCCGUGAUCAUCUUUC